AACGAACUUUGGAUGCGAGUACUACUGUUCUGUGAACGCCACGAGUCCCCACUCUGCUCGUAGUUGAGUUGUAGCUAGGGGCGGGGCGCUCUCCUCUGUUUUCCCAAGUCCCAGGCUCCCAGAAACCGCCGCCGUCGCAGCGCCUCAUCCUGUAGCCGCCUCCGCGUGUCAUGUUCGCGCACGGCUCUCUCGCGAGGUUUAGCCGGCUUGCUCGAACCCGAAGGCCCCCGCUCGUCGCGGCCUCCCCGCUCCGCUACCUCCAGGGAUCAGUCGGUCCAAAUAAUUUGCCCUCCUCUGUCAUGGAACGGGCGCAGGGAGCUUCAAAUAAUGCGGCGAAACACAGGAAAACUAAUCCACCUCUGCAGACAUGGAGGCCAGUCUCGACACAAGCAUCUCCCCGGGAAGCUCACCUUGAUGAGAUAUCCAAUUCCAGAAGGAAGCAAAUGGCAGGGACUUCCAUCACUGAUAGUGAGAAUUCGGUGUUGGAUGAAACAACGAAUGUUGGCAUUGAAGUAACCACCAAUAAUACUUUCUUGUCAGAAAGUAGUUCCACCUUUAGUUCCAGUGCAACUAAAGUAGCUGCAGAAAACACUAUGGAGGUAAUCAGAGAAAAAUAUUCCUCUUCUGUUGAGGUAGAUGUUCCUCUAAUGCAUUUUCUGAAAGGAAAAGGUGGGUCUGUGCAGAAGCAGAUUGAACAGGAGACUGGAGUUAAAAUCAUUUUUCCAUCUGGAAAGGAGGAAACACUAGUUGUCCUCGAAGGUAAAAGUGCUGAAAGUAUUGGAAAAGUAUCAGAGAGAAUUGCAAAGAUCCUUGAAGAGGCUGUUCAAAGUCCAAUGCUAGAUUACUCGCAUUUCAUAUCACUUCCAUUGGCCAUCCACCCCGAUCUUGUCGAGAAGCUCAAUAACUUCCAGAGGUCGAUCCUUGGGGUGUCUGCAUCUAAUGUAGAUAGUGAUAAGGAUGAAAUCCUAAGCGAAAGUUCUGUGGAUGAAAUUGAUGAAGCAGCGAGCCCUAGUGUUCCGGUCAAGCAGCCAGUCCAAGAAGAAAAGCCUGUCAUAGUGAAAAUGGAUAAUAAGGGCUCCCAACCAGAGUUCGACAUUGACAAGUCAAUAUUCAUAAAACCCAAAACGUUCCACCUAACAGUUCUUAUGUUGAAGUUGUGGAAUAAGGAUCGUAUAGCCCAGGCUUCUGAUAUCCUCCAGUCAGUAUCUUCCCAGGUAAAUGAUGCUUUGGAAAACCGACCUAUCUCCAUACAACUUAGGGGUCUGACAUGCAUGAAAGGCUCACCAGCUAGGGCCAGGGUUGUAUAUGCUCCAGUACUGGAAGUUGGUGGAGAAGGACGCCUUGUCCGUGCUUGCAAGGUAAUAACUGAAGCCUUCGUCAAGUCAGGCCUAGUUCUUGAAAGGGAUGCCAAACAAGAAUUGAGGUUACAUGCAACCAUAAUGAAUGUGCGCCACCGGAAGAGCAAGAAAUCGAACCGAAGAAACGAUUCGUUCGAUGCUCGGGCUAUAUUCAGACAAUACGGGGAACAGGAUUGGGGCGAGUAUCCUGUACCGGCGGUGCACCUAUCGCAGAGGUUCAAGUUCGACGAGGGUGGAUACUACCACUGCUGUUGCUCGAUCCCCUUGCCCGAGGUGGCUCAGUCGGAGUGAGCUCCGUGUGUUUCAACAUAAUGCAGUAUUCAGUCUUGACGCAGUAUCUUAUGCCCUCGGGAUCAGUACGUGGUCUUGUUUGCCCUCAUGGAAUUUGUAGUUUUGGCCGUAUGUCUUUGCUCGUGUUGCUGUGGACAUUGUGCACGGUAAUGAGUGGUAGCAUCCCUAGCCACGGCUUGUAUUGGCUUAGUGCCCCUGUUGAUUUCUGAAUCUGAACUGUUGCUUGCCACUUUCCUUCA